CGUUAGCAAGAUUAGGUGUAAUUAAAUAUCCUUCAAUUCAACCCUCAUUUGUUCAAGCCUGAAACAAGGUUACAUCUUCCUUUCACAAGAACAAAAUUGAAAUUCCAUUAAAAAUUUGGACUAACUUUCAAAUCCUGUUAUUAAUUUUGUAGUUUUUUUUGGUUAAAAGCAACAACAUUAGAAAUGGGUCAAUCUCAAAGUAAAAUUUCCACCAUUGCUGAGACCCCAAAAGAGAACACAAAUGCCUCUGCUCCUCCUUCCAUGGAUUCUCUACUUGCAGAGGCUGCUGCUUAUGGUGAUGAUGAGAAUGAGGUCUUUAAGCUUCAUUAUCAUAUCUAUGGAGGCGAAAGCUAAAAAGGCCUUGGAGUGCCCAUGUAUAGCUGAUUUGCGUAAAGGCGCUUGUGGGAGUCAGUUUUCAGAGGCCUUCUUCUGUUUUCUUAAGAGCACUGCUGAAGAAAAGGGCUCAGAUUGCGUGCAUCCGUUCGUUGCGCUACAAAGCUGCAUAAAAGCCAAUGCAAAUGCAUUUACAAAGGACAUUGUGGAAGAUGAUCAAGUCAAGAAAGAGGAAGGAUCUUCUGCUGAUUAUAGAAUACUUCCACCAAAAUGGUCAUUGGAAUCACCAAAUUUUAAAUCUAGAUCUUAAAGUUUAGACUAGACCAAAAAUAUUCCCAAAAAUUUUGGUAUUGUGGGUGACUAUCCCCUUUAUUUACUUGCAAUUGAUGGUUUUUCACUUUCAAAUAAAUGCUUACGUGUGGCUUCCUCAUGCAAGAUUUUCCUUCUAUUAUUAUGACGGUAUUAUAAUGAUUAUUAA